AACAACCAAAACAAAACAGUGAUGAGUUGGAGUCCACGCACUCACCACCCCAACAUCAAUAAUUUUACUUUAGUAGGGCCAUACUCGGAGUCAAGCUACCGAAACCAGGGUAAAUUAGUCUUUUCAAAAAAGUUAACGAGGGCCAGAUAUAAACGGCGCAAGUAACGGUCGUUUUCUAUCAGGGGAGUCGCAGCAAUGGCGACUGUCGUCGUCUCCACCAGAUUGAAGAGGGAAAAGUAUAAGCGCACCAAACACGACUCUGCUUUCUCCGAUUGGAAGAUUCUCAUUGGGCCUUCUGAUUGGGAAGACCAUAAACUGGGGAAGGAAGGAGCGGCGAGAUACAGGGUUCACAACCUCCCAAAUUGUGCUUCUUGUCCAGGAAUCUAUGAGCUCGGGAUAGCUGUAUCACACAGUCGCUCAGGGCGUACGAUUAGCAAGCUUGACCAAAACCGUAUAAUUACCGUUUACGUUGGACAAGCUGAGAAUGUUAGGACUAGACUCCAGUGUUAUGGCCAAGCAGGUGCUCAUUUGGAGAAUGGCAGCUCAACUGGUGAGCUGAGAGAUUCUGUCCGGAAAGGGCCUGGGUUGUUCACUGAAAUAUUCUCAAGAGGCUUCCCCAUUGUGUAUAGAUGGGCCCCCAUGAACAAUAAAAGGGAUGCUGAGAAAACAGAAACUCAGCUGCUUGACAAAUUUGAUUAUGCAUGGAACAAAGGCAGUAAUGGUGCACGUCGCCAUGAUGAUAUCCUCCAAAAGCUUAAUCGAAGUAGUUUGGGCACUAUCCAGCUUCCUGCUAUUACUAGGAAGCUUCAAACUUUCUUUCAAAAGCAAGUGGGUGUUAGAAUCAAAGCAUGCGAGCCCCUUGUUUUGGAGAAUGGAUCCACAAUAUAUACUAAUUCAGAGAACAAUGAUCUCUUUCCUCAAAUUUUCAAAUUUGGCAGAUCUCAUCCUAAACUAGUUUCGAUGAGAUUUCAUGUUAAUGAUGACCAUGCUAAUAUUUGUGGGGUGGCCUUGGGUCAUGGAUCUGUUUGUGGAAGGCCACCAGUUGAAGGAAGAAAAAGGUGUGCUGAGCACAAAGGUAUGAAAAUUAAUGGUUCCAUGUCAAAGCUGAUUACAGAAGUGAAACAGCAUUAUGUACGUGGCCCGGUUUUGGAAUCCAGCACUUGUCCUAAUGAAAAUGAGCAGGUCUCCCCUGAAACACAUAAAACGGGCACACGGCGGCCUGAUGUUUUCUUAGAGAAGUCAGUUGCCAACAAGGAGUAUGGUACUAUUUGUGGUGUGGACUUAGAAAAUGGAACUUUCUGCACAAGACAACCUGUUGCAGGACGCAAGAGGUGUGAGGAACACAAAGGGAUGAGGGUUAAGGAUUCCAUGCCUAAAUCAUCAGCAACAGGUAUAUCCAGCGUGUAUGAUGGUUCAGGUAUCAGUGCUUAUAAUGACCAGAAGUACGAUAAUAUCUCUCCUGGAUCAGUCUCAUCUAGAAAUGCUCUCAAUGGGGACUCUUCCACUUGUGGAGCACCCUUAGCCAAUGGUUCCUUUUGCAAAAGGCAACCAGUUGAAGAUAGAAAAAGGUGUUGGCAACAUAAAGGCAUGAAGGUUAAUGGUUCCUCUAAGGAAGUGGAAGAUAAAAUUGGCAUGUACGCAACAAGUUCAGGAAUCAGUGCUUCCAAUGACUGCAAGUAUAACAAUGCCUCUCCCCAAUCAGUCUCGUGUAGGACUGCUACUUGCGGUGCAACCUUAGUCAAUGGAUCCUUUUGUAGAAGGCAACCAGCUGAAGGGGCAAAAAGGUGUUGGCAGCAUAAGGGCAUGAAGGUGAAUAGUUCCGCGUCAAACAGUUUCAUUUCAACUUAUGACACUCAAGAAUUUUUAUCACAUAUAUGUGGUGCUGCAUUACAGAAUGGUUCCGUCUGUAGGAGAAUGCCAGUUCAUGGAAGGAAAAGGUGUCAGCAACAUAAGGGUAUGAGAGCCGCUCCUAGCUAUUAUUUCUAGCGGGAAAAGUGCCAGAAAGAGCAGAAUGUUUGUGUAAACAUAUUAAGGCAUUGGUUUGUUUCCUUUUAUCAGCUGAGGCAUUUGUUUGUAUAUUUUGUAGUUUGUUGUUUUAGGAGGGUUUCUUCAUCUACCUAUCAGAUAAUGUUGUAGCUUAAUUGUCAUUGAAAGUGGAGAUAUAAAAUUUAUAAUGCCAUUAACUUCAAUUACAGUGUUCCUAUGCACUGUAUCUUCAUCA